AUUCUCGCGAGAUGUAAUGACGAGAUCUGCUAGUCCAGCUGUAUGGAUUUGCGUUUGUCAACAAACAGCUUUCACUAUAGCAUUGUAAUGCGACAAGUAGGACAAAUGUCAUUUUGGAAAUCGCCUCAUAUGCUCGGCAUUAUCCUGGUCGUUUUCACCGGAAGUCUACAAAUACGUAUCUGACUCCUAACACUUUCAAAAUGACAUAUCCCGUCCCAUGGAUAAACAUCCCAGUGCGGACCGCCCUGGCAAUCUGGUAUCAGUGGACCACCAGGACUGAGUUGCCAGAGUUGUCCAAGGUCUCCGUGCUGAUGAGGCAGAGGAACAAGGUGGAGAACACCUUGCGAGCCAUGCAACAUGCCGGACCAGGGACCCUCCAGGUGAUCUCAGACUUUGACAUGACCCUCAGCAGGUUCGCCCACCACGGGAAGAGAGUGCCCACCACCCACAAUAUCCUGGACCACAGACUACUCAUCGAUGAAGACUGUGCCUGCAAUAUGAGGAAGCUGUUGAAGAUCUACUACCCCAUAGAGAUCGACCCCAGCUUGACCUCGGAGCAAAAAAUACCCCUGAUGGUGGAAUGGUGGACAAAGGUCCAUCACCUGUUGAUCCAGCAGAAGAUCCAGAGAGACAUGCUGGCCCAGGCAGUCCAGGAGUCUGGUGUUAUUCUCAGGGAGGGCUACGAGGUGUUCUUCGACCGCCUGGCUGAGCUCCAGGUCCCUCUGCUCAUCUUCUCGGCGGGAGUGGGGGACAUCUUGGAGGAGGUGGUCCGUCAGAGCCAGGUGUUCCACCCCAACGUCCACGUCAUCUCCAACUGCAUGGACUUUGACGCCAACGGCGUUCUGCGGGGCUUCAAAGGUCCCCUGAUCCACACCUUCAACAAGCGUGAGGGGGCUCUGCUGCUCGCCGCCCCCCUCCCGGAGCUCCGGGAGCGGCCCAACGUGCUGCUGCUGGGGGACUCCCUCGGGGACCUGGCCAUGGCCGACGGGGUGGCCCGGCCCCACAACCUGCUCACCGUGGGCUUCCUCAACGACCAGGUCGAGGAGAGGACAGAGUCGUACGUGGAGGCUUUCGACAUUGUUCUGGUUAAGGACGAGACGAUGGAGGUACCCAACGCUGUGCUGAAGUUCAUCACCUCUGGGAAAGAUGCCAAGUGACCAUGCAACAUGUAGGAAAUACAACUACCUGUUUACAGUGCAAGACACACUAGUCACAUGACACAUGGAGCUGUUUCACUUCACUUGCUGAUGGAUGGACAAUAUUAAUGCUGUAAACACACGUCAAGUCAGCGUGGCCUCUCGCCAGGUACCUCAGACCAGAUCAUGGUGACUAUUGGGAGUGUUCACAUGUGUACUGUACGUCUGGUUAGUAAUGUGCAUCUCAGGUGACCGACAGCUGUCUCAGAUUCUAUCUAGUGACAACAGAACUUUUAUUUUUAACACAAGGUUUGUGUGGAUGCCGAUACUUUUUGUGCAACACCCUCCAUAAAUAUGAAUAAGCUUUUAUUUUGUAAAUAUUUUUCCAAAUAUUUGUAGUCUGCACAAGGUCUCUUAUCACUUUUGUUGAAAAAAGGUCUGCUUUGUGGUAAAUGGGUUUUAUUUUAAGUGCAUGAUUUCAAUGUAUGAUAGUAACCAAAGUGAUUGGUGCUUUUUAUCUUGGGUGGAAGAGAAUUUUAAAUUAUUGCAUGUUUGACCAUGCAAGGUGUUACUCAAUGCUACCUCUACCUGAGAAGGUUAGUGCCAGCAGCCUGUUUACAGUGUAUACUGCACCCAAUGCAGUUAUACAACAUGGCAGCUACUCAAAAAUGUUCAUUGUUUAAAUUGACAUUGUAUACUUGCAAGUUAAUGCCCUCUCCUGGAUUACAGUAGUCCAGGAGGGCAUUACACAGGGCAAGGAUUAAAAUGGUAAAGGAACUUUUGUGCCUGUGUGUUGAAUACGAUUGAGAGUUUGACAUUUUUAUUUUUUAACAUUCAGCUGACUAGGGUGUGAGUAGUGUGUUGAUUCAAAAUACUAAGACUUGCAACAAAAUUAAAAUGGUAAUGUAGGCCUAUUUUCAUCUUUCAACCGUCAAAUAAAUUACUAAUUUCUAGGGAUAUAUUAUUUUACAAUUCUGCUUGUAGUAUAAUUUGGGAUCCGUAAUAUGAAAGUAUUGCUUAUCUGUAUUUUCCAUUAGAAGCUUCUAUGAUAAAGAAAAAGUUUAAAUCCAAUCUUGUGUGAGCUGGGAUGUUAUGGGAAGCAUUAAGUCACUCUUACCUCUCAAUAAUCAUAAUGUUGCCUGUGGACAAAACGUAACGUAAUUCGAUAUCUUCAAAGAUACUGGCGUAAUGUGAGCAGUUAUCGGACAGUGGAUAAUAUCGAUCAUAAAUUACAAUAAAAAAGAGACGCCAUUUUUCUUAAAAACAUUUUAACAUUACAAACGUCACGGACGAUAACAAUAGGGGCUUGUUCGGUAGAUUAAUUUAAGUCAAUGCACUUACUUAAAACUCUGUUUCAAACACAACCAAUCACACAACACAGAAAUAAAAAAAAGUUUCCAAAAUAAUUACUUUCAAUAUUUUCUCUCGUUAUUACAAACAAAACUUUCAAAUGUGUUGCUUUAAUGAUGCUAAAUGGAAAAAAAGAACCUUGAAGUUAAAGUCAGUCAUAAAAUGUUUCAAAGGUGUUUGGCUUUGUCCCUGAGAGAGGAUGCGCACAUUUCAUUGUCCGUCCGUUUGUUCUUUCUGAUAUUUCUUUUGUUUGCUUUUUCUUUGCGAUCUUUCUUCCUUUUGCUUGUUCUUUGCGAUCUUACUUCUGUUUGCUUGUUCUUUCCGAUCUUUCUUCUGUUUGCUUGUUCUUUGCGAUCUUACUUCUGUAUGCUUGUUCUUUCUGAUAUAUCUUCUGUUUGCUUGUUCUUUCUGAUAUAUCUUCUGUUUGAUUGUUCUUUCUGAUACAUCUUCUGUUUGAUUGUUCUUUCCGACCUUUCUUCUGUUUGUUCUUU